AUGGAGCUCACUCACUAUAUCAAUGCAUCCUAUUAUCCCAGUUGGCGGAUUUACCGGGGAAAGAGUCCGUCAUCAAUGGACCUCGAAAAAACAACACAUGUGUUUUAUGCUUUUCUCAGAGUCCAAGACGAUGGCAGCCUUGUUCAUCUGGAUGCUAAAGCGGAUCUGGAGUACCCAGCCGACGGAGUGCACGGAUGUAUUAACGCACUCAAUUCGCUAAAGCGCCAGCAAUUCCGCCAUCUCAAACUGAUCGUCUCCGUUGGGGGCGGGAGUGGAAGCCAACCAUUCAAAAACAUAGCGUGUCGCGCUGAUCGUCGUAUUCGGCUAGCCCAGAACCUCCGCAAGUUCGUGGAUCGCUUCGAGCUGAAUGGAGUGGACCUGGACUGGGAACAUCCCUCCAACUCUGAAGAGGGGCGGAACUAUGUUUUGCUUUUGGAGGAGCUGCGCAGGAGCCUCCCGGCUCCACAAUAUUUACUCACGACCGCCCUUCCGGUGGGCGACUGGUGCCUGAAGCACAUUGACUUGGAAAAAGCAGCCGAACGGGUCGAUUUUAUUAACCUGAUGUGUUAUGAUUUUGCGGGUCCUUGGACUGAGCUGUCCGGACACCAGAGUCAACUUUACGCUCCGGCAUGCCCGCAUGACGCCUUUUCCAAGCGGUCUGGCCACGGCGCUGUCCAUUAUUUUUUAGCGCGAGGCGUCCCUAGCAGGAAAAUAAUCCUCGGAGUCCCCGUGUACGGACGCUCGUUUUUGGGCGCGGAUUGCGUUGGCCAGCGGUUUAGCGCCCAGCCCGGUGAAGGAUCUGUUCACGACUAUCGUGACUUGCCAUUGCCUGGUGCGCAGGAAUUCAUGGAUGAAAGGCUGGGCGCAGCAGGUUCUUCUGGCGGCGAAGGGGGCUUUGUCAGCUAUGAUACGCCGCACACGGUGCAGAUCAAGGCCGAAUAUGUCAAGGCAAACAAUCUCGGGGGCCUUUUCUAUUGGACGGGUGUUGCUGAUGCAGAUGGUCCCAGGAGUCUGGUAAAUGCCGGGUAUAAAGUGCUUAGUUGUUAA